UAAAGCAAGCAUCCCAAAGACAAGAGUGUGAGUAGAGAACAGAGACAGAUAAUUUUUCCAUAUUUCCAGUGCUAAUUUCCAUAUCGAAACCGCGGCAUGCAAAAAUGUCGAUGUUUUCCCAGAGAGGGCGCUGCAGAUAUGACGUCAUCACAACAUAGGUUGCCAAGCAAGUUUGCUCAUUCGUCGUUAAUCUUUGUUGUUCAUCGACGUCCUACGACAGAAUUACUGUUUAGAUUUACACGUCAAGAUGUGAUUUCGCGACGGCAACUUAUCAACCUGUGACGUAGUCUAUUGGCAUAUACUAGGCAAUGUGUGAUGAGAUUUAAUGAAAUAAUGGCUCCUGCAGCAGAAAUAAUCAACAGUAGAUACCAGCGGAUCAAGGAUCUAGGUGAUGGAACAUUUGGCAGUGUUAUAUUGUGCAGAACUCUGGAUACGGGCGAGUCUGUAGCAAUCAAAAGGCGCUGAUAUUGCUGUGCUUAUAACUGAAGCCAGUAGACUCGGUGUAAGCUAUAUAUGACAGAUGAUGACCAUAACAAGCAUGCAACGUUAUCAGAUAAUUAAGCAGCUUGGAGAUGGAACAUAUGGCAGUGUUCAGCUGGCGCAGGCAAAGGACACUGGAGAAAAAGUGGCCAUCAAAAAAAUGAAGAGGAAGUUCUACUCCUGGGACGAAUGCAUGAACCUCCGGGAAGUAAAG